GAAUCAGGGUCAGUGCAGGUGGUAGCGCGGCAGAAGAAAGUGUAUAAAAGAUAUAAAAGUUGUUUCUGGUUGUUUCUUUCUUUUUUUUCUUUUUGUAAAAUAUGACUUCAGUGCGUGUGGCAGUGCGAGUCCGCCCCCUGGAUGAAAGAGAAAAGAAUGUGUCUUCAAAGGUUGUUGUUGAAUUGAAAGCAAACAAUAUAACAAUUUACAAGCCAAUAUGCCUCUCUAAUCGUGGAGAAAAACCGAAAGCAUUUUCUUUUGACUUCUCCUUUGAUUCCACUGACCCAAACAGCUCAUCAUUUGCAUCACAAGAAAAGAUUUAUAAGAAUUUGGGGACUGGUGUCAUCAAAGCAGCAUUUGAGGGCUUCAACACUUGUAUAUUUGCCUAUGGACAAACUGGGUCCGGAAAGUCUUAUACCAUGAUGGGCCAAAAGGGAGACAAAGGUUUGAUUCCACGGAUUUGUGAAGGCCUGUUCCAGCAAAUUGCAGAGAAAAGCAAGAGUGCAGUGUCAUUUCAUACUGAGGUCAGCUUUUUGGAGAUCUACAACGAACGUGUGCAGGAUCUUCUCCAAAAGAGUUUAGUACCCACAGAUAAGGCCUGUCUGAAAGUUAGAGAGCACCCAAAGGAAGGACCCUAUGUGCAGAAUUUGACCAGAUAUUUGGUGCAAAGUUACAGUGAUGUAGAAGAACUGAUAUUAUUGGGAAAUUCAAACCGGACAACGGCCUACACAGAUAUGAAUGAUUCCAGCAGUCGUUCUCAUGCCAUUUUCACCGUUAGAUUUACCCGGGCCUGGUUUGAGGACACUCUGCCCUGUGAGACGAUGAGUAAGAUCCACCUGGUCGAUCUGGCAGGAAGUGAGAGAGCUGAUGCCGCUCGUGCCACAGGGGCUCGCUUAAAAGAAGGAGCCAACAUCAACAAAUCCCUCGUCACUCUGGGCUGUGUGAUCUCAACCCUUGUCCUGUUUCAAAAUAUAGUGACAACAAAGAGGAAGAAGCAGAUCUUCAUUCCCUACAGAGACUCUCUGCUAACAUGGCUUCUUAAAGACAGCCUGGGCGGGAACUCCAAGACAACUAUGAUAGCAACCAUUUCCCCUGCUGAAGUGAACUACGCAGAGACCUUGAGCACACUGCACUAUGCCAACCGCGCUAAAAACAUCGUCAAUUCGCCAAAAGUGAAUGAAGAUAACAGCGUAAAGGUGAUCCGAGGGCUUCAGGCAGAGAUAGAAAGACUCAGGAAGCUACUUGAAGAAGCCAAUCAGAUUCCCAAAGGAAAGCAGACUUCCUGUGUUGAAGUUGAAGAAAAGUUGCAUAAAAAUGAGGCAAAGGUGGCAGCUUUGACUAGAGAGUGGGCCAGCAAGUGGAAUGAAUCACAGAGUAUUUUGAAGGAGGAGACUGUGGUUCUGAGGAAGAGGAGGAGUGGUGUGGUCUUGGACUGUCAGUUACCGCACCUGAUCGGCAUCGAUGAUCUGCUGGGCUCUGGCAUCAUCCUCUACUAUCUAAAAAAGGGUCAAACCACAAUUGGGAGCAAUGAAGCAUUAUGUGGUCAGGAUAUUGUGCUGCAAGGGCCGGGGAUUCUCGGAGAACACUGUGAGCUGCUAAACCAAGAUGGCGCUGUUACGUUCUCUCCUCACGAUGGUGCAUUAUGUUUGGUCAAUGGAUCGGUUGUUACUGCUCCCUGCCAGCUGACUCAGGGAACCAUUAUACAAAUUGGGAAAGACGCCAUGUUUCGGUUUAACCACCCGACCGAGGCUGCCAUCCUCAGAGCGAAACGGCAGAGCGGACUGCUGUCGGCCGUCAGCCUGUCUCUCACGGACACGUCCAAGUCUGCAGAGAGCCUGUCCAAGGUGAUGCUGCAGAGACCAGGGGCGAUGGAGUUUAUGUGCAGCCUCAGCCCGCAGGGGGCGCAGUGGCAGCAGGACGAUCCAGAAGUGAGCAAAAGCAGCAAGGAUAUUAAAGGAUUUGAGAGUGGAAGCAGCAGGGACCCUCUUUAUCCGAAAGCAGAGGCAUCACAGGGGGCGCAGACUGAAGAGCCGGGCACUGGAUCUGUGAAUGUGUCUUUGGAUUCAAGCUGCUCAAUAGAGAGACCUGUUACUAGUGCCACACCUGUAAAAAGUGCUGUCCCUCAUUCAGUGGAUGGAGAGGCACAUCAGGGCGAUGUACGCACCCGGGACCGCCCUGAGCAGGAGUGGGACCGGUGUCAUAAAUCAGGGCCAGAGCUCACGUCGGAGGGUCUGUGGAGGGGAGCUUGCUGCGGGGGAGAGGUGCGGUCAGGGGAUGCCAGCCUGCAGCAGACGAGUGUCCCAGGCCGAGGUGAUGGAUGUGGCACCGGGCCAGUAGGGAGCGCUAACGAGAUCCAAGAAGUCACGGCUCACUGCAUCGAGGGGAGACGAGACUCAGGUGGGAACUCAUUAUCCGGCGUAUCCCACCUGCCGAACGCUGAAGGAGGCAAGUCCGCGCCCGUCCUGCAACAAGCCAGCACGCUCAGUUCUCAUUCUGAAUUCGACAAAACACCUCUCAGCAGUCAGGCUGUUAGCUGUCCUACCAAUGAAGUCACCACACGGGAGCAGUCUUUCUAUAGAGAGAUGGAUGGAGAUGAGGGGCAAGAGGGGGUCCUAGAAGUGAGCGCAAAACCUUACCCAGGAAUAGGUUUGGGAUCCUUGGUCAACACCAUGUCCUGGAUUGUACAAGGUGCAAGUCGCCGUAUUUUGAAUUCCUCCAUUGUGUUACAGCAUGUACUAGAGCAAAGGCUGUAUCCUGCCAGUGUAGGUUGGUCCAGUCAUGUAGUCUCCAUGAUAAAGAAUAGCAAAGUAAUUUCAGUGGUUAAAGAUGGCUACAUUACAUCUCUAUUCAGUGAUAUUCAGAUAUUUUCAUUGGUAAAAGAUCUGCCCCUUGUUCAACACAUUCAGUUUGAGAUGACGCAGCACCUUCAGGCGAUGAGCCCAAUAAAAAUUCAAGAAUGCACCAAGAAUUGUGCUAAUCUGAUUUUUACUGUCCCAGAAAAGCACAGUGCGGAUACAAGCGAUGACUGUAAAAACACUUUGAGUAGUAAUUUGCCACAGGAUCAUGACCAAGCUGAUGAAGUGAAGUUAAAAGCGAUUAUGCAACCCAGCUGUAAGCUAGACAAGGACCAAACACAGGAUAUUCCAACAGUAUUGUGGCGUAAAGGUGCCAGUAUCUUCUUUCAAUCAUUAAUCACUUUCCCUGACUCACUCACAAAGUUACAAUUGUCUCACUCAGACCUGGGAGCUGCGCUACAGUCCAUCAUUCCUUGUUCACUGUUCACACCACAAAAGAUUGUUGCUCUUUUCUGGUUGGAAGCAUCUAAAAGAAGUGAAUCAAAGGCAGUCCCAGCUCUGCUGAUAUUGAUGGAGGCUGGCGUGUACACGGUCACUGAUCACUGUGGAGCUCUAGAGGUGUUUUAUCAGCUGCCUUUGGCUCAGCUUAAAAAGGUGCACGUCGGCUUUGCAGGCCACAGUCUGAACCUCCUGGGCCCCACAGAGGACCAUGUCCUGGGACUGUACACCUACAGCCAGUCCCUCACCAGAGAGCUGUGUGGAGCAGUGCUCCAGCUCCUUUGUCCAUCAGACACGAGCGUGUUUGAGCAUCCUCUGCUGCGCGGGGACCUCAUGGAUAUGUCCUUAAAGUGGCAGGCUCUUGUACCUGACCUGCUGCUGGACACAGGUUUGAGGGUGCUCUGUCGUUUUCAAAGGAGCCUGGCUGAUCUGAUGUACCUGCUUCACUCCAACACCAGCCCAGAGCAAAGGAUUCUGGGAGAGGUGCGUCUGCACCUCUACUUCUGUGUGGGGAUAUGUUUUCCUUCCAAACGGAGUCUGGUAGGACAGCUCUUUGUCACAGACACACACGUUGGGCUUGUCCAAGAGGACAUUGUCUUCCCUCCUGUCCACUCGGUCUCCCCUGAGCCGUCCCGACUGCACUUUCACAGUCUAACUGUGCGCCGCCUUGGUGAUGUGCGCGGGGUAGUGGUGCGUGAGGAGGACUCGCGCGGAGCUGUCACUGUGGAUGUAAUCUUAGCAAAUGUGAAGGCCAGAGGUCACCCUGAGCGUGGGACAGGCUGUGCACAUCCAUCGUCACACGCACAAGUGUGGAAAUUAACUUUGAGCUGCUCCGCCGAGGCUGCCCGCCUGAUUAAUCACUUGUCAAACGUUUGAUCAAGGGCUGAACAGCAGUAAUGAAGAGCCCACUGUGAAAACUCUGAGCGCAAAGCAUGGCAAAAGUGCACUUGAACCAGGCCACGACAGAAAUGCGAAUUGUUCUGAACUUUCUGCAUCUAUUAUGCAUCCAUUAGAAAAGUUUAUUCACUUAAAUGUUUAAAUAUUUAGUAAAAAAUGUGUUUUCAGGAGAGUGAGGUUUAAAUAAUUUGAAAUGUUUAAUGCGGUGUUGUAUUUUAAGAGUUUUACAAAAAAAUCUAUUUUUAUCCCUGUAAUUAAAUAAAAACUUGACCUGUAAUGUGUGUUGUCAUAUCCUGCUAGAAUAUAUACAAUAUUUAGAAUUUUUAGCUACUAAUUACACAAGUGUCGUUAAGUUAUUUUGUAUUGGAGUACUUAAGACUACUAAAGUAAAAUAUACCUGCAAGUCAAGUAAAAAUCAG